UGAGGGACGCCUUCGCCGCUCGGAGGACCGUCUUUGCCGACAUGUCCUUGUUUGUGCGUUUUUAAUCAGCGAUUGGAAAAUAACAGGUAGCGCUGUCCGUCCGCCUCUCGCACCCAGAUACACCCAGGAAUGAAGCGCGGACCGAACCGAGCCCGAGCGAGCCGCCUCUGACGCUCUGACGCCUUUCCCCCCCCCCAUUUUUGAUUUUUACGCGUUGAUCGGGAGGGGGGCGGCCGACAGGAGCAGCAGCGGUCCACUGGGGUACAACAGCCGGGUUGAAUCGCAACGUGUUUUUUUUUUUUUUUUUUUUUUUAGUGUUGAGUGUCACCGCAGCAGUCGGGGGGCUUGUGUGUCUCUACAUGAAGCAGCAGGCUGGCGUUCACUGCCCGCCACAGUCUCGCCGCCUCCGGACGCAUGAUCGCCGCUUGAUUUAAGACCCACCGAAGACGACAUCGUGUGGAUAUGGAAUGGUGCAUGCCGCUGGGCCAAGUUUUCAGCCUCUGAAAAACACCGGAAUCAUGGACAGUCAUCCGCUGUGCACUAGACUUUGUCCACACGCUCUGGACAAAGAAGACGGAGUCGAGAGGCAAGGUCCUGUCACUCUCAACCCUCGGCACAUGAGGAAGGCGUUCAAAGUCAUGAACGAGCUGCGCAGCCAGAGCUUGUUGUGCGACGUGACCAUAGUGGCGGAGGAUGUAGAGAUCGCUGCUCACAGGGUGGUUCUGGCUGCAGGGAGCCCCUACUUCCACGCUAUGUUCACAGGUGAGAUGGCAGAGAGCAGAGCGAAACGGGUGAGGAUAAAGGAGAUGGACGGCUGGACUCUGGGCCUGCUGGUGGACUACAUCUAUACGGCAGAGAUCCAGGUCACGGAGGAGAACGUGCAGGCCUUGCUGCCCGCAGCAGGUCUGCUCCAGCUGAACGAGGUGAAGAAAGCUUGUUGUGAGUUCCUGAGCUCUCAGCUUCAUCCAUCCAACUGUCUGGGAAUACGAGCCUUCGCUGACCUACACGCCUGCUCUCAGCUCCUCACACAGGCCAACAGCUAUGCAGAGCAACAUUUCACUGAGGUGGUCGGGAGUGAAGAGUUCCUCAAUUUGGGGAUGGAGCAAGUAUCCAGUCUGAUCGCCAGCGACAAGCUCACCAUCCCCACAGAGGAAAAGGUUUUUGAGGCUGUGAUAGCUUGGGUCAACCACGACAAAGACGUCCGGCAGGAACACUUGGCUCACCUGAUGGAACACGUUCGCCUGCCGCUUCUCUCCAGAGAAUACCUGGUUCAGCGGGUGGAGGAGGAGUCUCUGAUAAAGAACAGCAGCGCGUGUAAAGACUACCUGAUCGAGGCCAUGAAGUAUCACCUGCUGCCCGCUGACCAGAGGGCUCUGAUGAAAACUGCACGCACACGGAUGAGGACGCCAGCCUGCUGUCCUAAGGUGAUGGUUGUGGUCGGAGGCCAGGCUCCAAAGGCCAUCCGCAGUGUCGAGUGUUACGACUUUGAGGAGCAGCGAUGGUACCAGGUGGCCGAGCUGCCGACCAGGAGGUGCAGAGCAGGUGUGGUGUACGUGAGCGGCUGCGUGUAUGCCGUAGGCGGUUUCAACGGAUCUUUACGCGUACGGACGGUCGACUGUUACGACCCGAUGAUGGACCGCUGGACGAGCGUGAGCAGCAUGCAGGACCGCCGAUCGACGCUCGGAGCCGCUGUGCUCAACGGACUCCUGUACGCCGUGGGGGGCUUCGACGGCAGCACAGGUCUGUCGACAAUCGAGGCGUACAACGCCAAGACAGACGAGUGGUUCCAUGUGUUACCCAUGAGCACCCGAAGGAGCAGCGUGGGAGUGGGCGUUGUCAAUGGGAUCCUGUAUGCAGUCGGUGGUUAUGAUGGUGCCACGAGACAGUGUCUGAGCACAGUAGAAGCUUACAAUCCUAAAAGCAACACGUGGAGCUACAUCACUGAGAUGGGCACGAGACGCAGCGGAGCAGGCGUCGGUGUGUUAAAAGGUUUGCUGUAUGCCGUGGGAGGUCACGACGGCCCACUAGUGAGGAAGAGCUGUGAAGUUUACGAUCCGGCCUCUAACAGCUGGCGACAGGUAGCUGACAUGAACAUGUGUCGCCGCAACGCAGGUGUGUGUGCCGUGAACAACUUACUGUACGUGGUGGGAGGAGACGAUGGCAGCUGCAACUUGGCCUCCGUGGAGUUCUACAAUCCAAACUCGGACAAGUGGACGCUACUGCCGACCUGCAUGAGCACAGGGCGGAGUUAUGCAGGUGUGACUGUGAUCGACAAGCCCUUAUGACUGCACUUGACUCCUGCCAUUGAUUCCGAGCAGAGUGCACUCUGCUGAAUACUGAUCUUGGAUCUGUCUACGAUGCCAAUGCUUCGAUGUCGGGCAGCGUUAGCACAGGCGCUGACGAAGAUGAAGAAAAAUGACAAGAUUGUUGUUGUUGAGGAAGGAGAUGAAGAUUUUUUGCACUUAACCUGAACGGGGGGGAGCUGUAACAAACCAGGGGGGAUUGAACCCGCGUCUUGAUCCCCUCCUGGGAGGACUGCCACAGCGACUGGACAAAAAAACCAGUUUGAAGCACCGUUGCAGUGUCAUUGAACGCUACUGACAUGAGGCUACUUUAACGGCAAAGUUACUUUAACAUUAGUAAUGUUAACAUGAACGCGGCUCUGAGAGAGAGAGAGAGAGAGAGAGACCACUGAUCUAAUCUACGGGAGAGGGAGGCAGAGAAGGACCAUUUGGGACUGACAUCUUUGUUUCUCCCUUGUUUCUUUUUAAUCCUCCUGAAAAGUGUGUUUGUGAGUGUGUUUGUGCGUCUGUCCGUGUGAGUGUGUGUGCGCGCGCUUGCAUUUAAAGGUGCUCCUUCGCUUGCACAUGUGAGCAUGCGUGUUCGUGUGCAUCUGUGUGGUGACGCCUGGUCCGACGCCGCAUGAGCGCACUCCGUCUGACCUCUGACCUUUUUACAGUGUUGCCGUGUGGCUGUUUCAAGAGUGCCUGAAUGUCAAACUACACCCCCCUCCCCUCCCCUCCCCUCCCCCCCGCGUCCCUCCUCUCCUCCUCUUCUCACCCCUUGAGCGCCGUUAGCUCAGCCGGGACUCUGCACCUUUGUACCGGGGACGAAGGGUUUGAUUUCAGAUCGACGAUGCUGCGUUAGCCUGCAUGAGUUCAGAACAGCCGAGGGAGAGGGAGUCGCAAGGAAAUGUACAUUUCUACUUAAAGUAUUUGAAAAAAAAAACCAACAGACUUUCACAGGAACUCUUCCGGUGAGGGAGAGAAGCCUCGUUUCACGUUGCCAAAAAAAAAACCAGUGAUGGACAGAGGGAGAAGCUGUUCGAGAUGAAAACGGUUGGAUGUAUCAGUGCUUUACUGUCUCCUGGCAGCCAUCUUUGCUGUGGUUGUAACCACUAAUGACAACAGCAGCAGCCUGGACUCACUGCAUGGUCCCCCCCCCCCGACUCUCCUUCAGCGGCCCCCCUCCUCUCCCUCGGUGUAGCAACCCUAUUAACUACUGCGCACCCUGACGUACUAUGAAUGUGCCAAUUUUAAUAUGUCUCUUCAUUUCCGUCUCUCUUUACUACUUUACUAAUCUGUUCUCUUCUCUUUCUGGAAAGUGACCAAACCUAGUCUUGAUUUUUCUUUUCUCUUCUUCAGUCUCUUUCUCUUCCCUCUCCUCCUAUAUUGGGAAAAAAAAAAGAAAAUUGCUAUAAUAGUAACUGGUAUCGCUGUUUCUCGUCAGUGUAUUGAAGAAUGUCAUGUAGGCUAAUGACUUUGAAAAUGUUUCAUUACUUGUUUUAUAUUCUCAUUAAUAAAUAUGCUUCUUGUAUUUAAAGCUGUGAAAUGAUAUACUCUGUUUUUAAAACUUUGCCAAAUCAGUAAAACAUUGAAAUGGAAAA